AAUAUUAUUUGGACAUAACCAGCUUGUUGAACUGAGUUCAAAGCAGAUAUAGACUUCCUUAUUAUUAUUAAAAAAUAUUGUAUUUUAAUAUUUGCAUAUUUAGGCAGACGGUUGAACUGUUAAGGUGUAGCUAACCAGAUUAUCAUCGUUAGACAUAAUGGGAACUUUUUGAAAACGUUUUAACCAUUCGAAAACAGACCACAAUGUAACUAAGAAAAGAGAUUAGCCGUAGGUGUGUGUUACUACGAACAAAUUUCAGACACUACAACUAAAAAUAAUUUUGGUAUGGAUUCAGAUCGAACACACAUUUCAUAUACUCAUAACAAUUGUGUAAAAGGAAAACUUAAACCACAACAUAUCGUGGAGGUCGCAUACAUGUUUCCUACAUAUUUUCUCAGCAGAAGUAGCUGGCCUGACGCCAUGUUCUGGGCAUUUGCUAUAAGGCUAGGGGUUGAAAGAGUCUUCGAGGAACUUUUGUCCCUGAGGAAUAAUACAGGAACAAGGUGUCAGAAAUUCCAGCCAUUGUCCCCACAACAAACACACACACACAUAGAAAUGGAUCACAUGGAGCUCCAGAGGGUCAGCACUCAGGCAGAUGAUGACAGCACUGACAGCCUGGAUGAACAGUUCACUGAGCCCAUCGACUCAGAAAAGGCCACAAUCAACAGUCAAUUCUGUGAUGAAGAUGACGCUGAGAGUCAGAAAUUUCUCACGAAUGGAAUUCUGAAAAAGAAAAAGUUUGAAGAAUAUGCGGAAUACCACCCUGGACACACCUCUUUUGGGAUGUCCGUCUUCAAUCUUAGUAAUGCCAUCAUGGGCAGCGGGAUCCUGGGCCUGUCCUAUGCCAUGGCCAACACCGGAAUCCUUCUGUUUGUGGUUCUUCUCUUGGGUGUGGCCAUACUUUCCCUGUAUUCGGUCCAUCUUCUUCUCGUGACUGCAAAGGAGGGAGGGUCUUUGAUCUACGAGAAGCUGGGAGAGAGAGCUUUCGGCUGGCCUGGGAAAAUGGCCGCAUUUGGGUCCAUAACUCUGCAGAACAUAGGAGCGAUGUCAAGCUAUCUCUUCAUUGUGAAGUACGAAUUGCCUGAAGUUAUCCGAGCAUUUCUGGGCCUAGAGGAGAUCUCUGGUGAAUGGUACCUAAAUGGAAAUUACUUGGUGGUUUUGGUUUCAAUGUGCAUCAUCCUGCCGCUCUCUCUCCUCAAAAACCUUGGUUACCUUGGAUAUACCAGUGGGUUCUCAUUAUCUUGUAUGGUCUUCUUCUUGGGAGUGUUGAUUUAUAAGAAGACACAGCUUCCUUGCCCACUUCCAUUUUUCUAUCACACCUCUCCCAACCUGACCAUGAACAGUUCCACGCUGCAUAACGGAACCAGCAUUUUGGAGUUUUCCCGGGCUGAAACCAUUAUCCACCUGGACCUGCAUUUGCCAGCCACUGCUCACACCACAGAUGUCUAUUAUGAGCCUCACGGCCAUGAUGAUGAGGACAUGUGUAGGCCCAAGUACUUUGUGUUCAACUCACAGACGGCAUACACUGUACCCAUCCUGGCAUUUGCAUUUGUGUGCCACCCAGAGGUCCUGCCCAUCUACAGCGAGUUGAAAGACCGUUCCCGGAAGAAGAUGCAGAAUGUCUCCAACCUGUCCAUCUUAGCCAUGCUGAUCAUGUACAUGCUGUCAGCACUGUUUGGAUACCUCAUGUUUUAUGAUUAUGUGGAGGCAGAGCUAUUGCACACCUUCACCAAGGUGUAUAAGUUUGACACUCUUCUUCUUCUGGUGCGCCUGGCUGUGCUGACUGCUGUCACACUAACUGUUCCCAUUGUCCUAUUCCCUAUUCGAUCCUCGAUUAUCACUCUGGCAUUUGGAAAUCAAGAGUUUAGCUGGAUUCGACAUAUCCUCAUCGCUGCCGCAAUCCUAGUUUUCAACAACCUGCUAGUGAUAUUUGUCCCCUCUAUCCGAGAUAUAUUCGGUUUCAUUGGGUCUUCUGCUGCCACUAUGCUGAUAUUCAUCCUACCAGCCGCCUUCUACCUCCGACUUGUUGACACUGUUCCCUUGCGUUCACCUCAGAAGAUAUCAGCUGCCAUUUUUCUGGCUGUGGGCAUGGUUUUCAUGAUUGUAAGCCUUUCACUGAUUGUCCUGGAUUGGAUCCACAACCCACCUGGCUCAGGAGGUCACUAGAGCCCUCAGAAUAGAAGACAGCUUGCACUCACAGACCCAGACACCAAGGUCAGGAAGCAGCCAUUCAAACACAAGGGCCUUCUGGAGUACCCAUUCACAACCCAAAGAUCCCAGUGAAUGAGCAUUUCUGUGUUUGUGUAAGGAUUUUCACAGCAACUCCCUUGUCAAAGAGUAUUAGGGAGAAAUUUGUGCAUUUCUCAUCAAAAACAGACUCGGCCUCAACUGGUCAACUGGUUAUUAGAUACUGGUUUAUUGUGUAUGAUUUAGUUCUAAUCUACCUUACAGUGUAGUUAAGUAAGGACAGCGAGAGAUUGUGUGUUGACCCAUCAGAGAACAAUGUAUAUAGCAUUGCUACACAUGCCUUUGCAUUAAGCUCCAGGCGCUCAAAAUGACUAUGUCCAAAUUUGGUGGUGUUUAUGGGAAAGGAACAGCCCUCACCUUUCCCAACAUACAACCACACACACACAUGCACACACACACUUAGGAAAACAUUAUUCUAGGGGCUAUCUAGUCCUGCAUGGUGAUUUUUUUCCAUUCAUGCAAGACAAUCGACUUUUACCCUAGUGGUGAGUAACCACCCAUUUUAUAUGAAAUAUUAUAAUAUAAAGAAGGCAAUGUUAUGUGGACAGCUUGUGUACAGAAAUUUUACCUGGAAAUUUAUGGUGUUUUGGACACACUGCUGAAUUAAACAAAACUCCCAGUACAGUCCAGAUGAAGAAAAAAAGUGACAUCACAAGAUGUAUAAAAGUGCGUAUUCAUAUCUUGGUUCACAGUACUGACAUGCCAUCUAUAUAUUACUAGAGACAAAGGUUUUAGUAUUUCUUUUAAAUAAUCAUUUUGAAUAUUCUGGAAGAAAGCAUGUGAAGGACUGCUGUAACUUACUGGAGGAAAUCUAUUGCUACUAUUGUGCAUUACCUCUUAUAUACUCAGUUUUAUCUAUAUAAGUUUGAAUAUUUUCAUCCCAAUAGAGUUCCCCUCUUAAAAUUAUUUUAUUAGUUUUAUAAAAUAAUUUUACCAAACUUAAAUACCUGCCUCACUGCGUAAUCAUUUAGCUGCCAAGACCAAGGCAUUGCAUCGUGUGCCUUUAGCCUGUAAAUGCUCAGGGUUUGAUCGAUAGUCUGUUAUUUGUCCCCUGUGGGUCUCUCUCAGUUUUUCCAUUGCUAUAUUAAAAGGCUCUCUGCAGGUGAAUUCCAUCAAACUGCUAUGGCUUUGAAUGACAAGUAUUUUCAUUUUUUGCCAAUGUUGGUUGCUGCCAAUUCUCACAGUGAGCGAGUGAAAUCAAUUAAGUGUAUGAAUACUCAACAAGGUUCUUCAUUUUCAGGUAUUUAACAUUUAUUUAAUAAAAUAAGAUUUAUAGACAUUUCUUGGACUAGAUUGUGGAGUUUGGAGACUGGUUUAGCAGAUAAGACUGGCAGAUGGAUAUUGGAAGUGUGUUUAUGAGAUUAGGUUCAUAGGAGGGGUUGGCAGGUUUGGAUGCAGAGUUUAUAGGUCAGAAACUGCAGAAUGAAUCAGAAUAUGACACAUCAGAAUAAAAGCAGAAUGUUAAGUUGUGUAUAGACAGAUCCUGUUUUGUCAUCAAAUAGUUUAGACUUGGUCACGUCAGUGAUAAGGGAACCUCUUGCAAUAGCUGUGCUGCAGUUUCCUAAUAUUUACAGUGUUACCACAGAAUGGGCUACUGUUCAAAAUGCAUGCUUUUUUUGCGAAACUGUUGAUACACUAUCACAAUAUCAUUGUCCUACAAUUUUUAUGAAAUUACUUGUUUUCCAUGUCAGGCAACACUGUAUAGUAAUUUAAUUAUGUAUCACAGAUGAAAGCCAAUAUCUUGUUUUGCCAUUUAUGUGUUGGAAAAUAUCUUGCACAAAAUGUGUCAUAUCAACCUGAAUAGGUCUGCGCGCUGAAUUGAGCCAGCCAAAAUGAACAAUGUUUAUAGAUCUUUUGUGGAUCUACAUAUUCAUAAAACAAAUGAAUAUUUCAAAUGAAAUGGUUUAAUAUUAUGUGCAUGUUUUAGGAUUACAUACAUGGUCUUUUUUGACGAUUGUAUAUGUACUGUAUAUAGACCACAUGAUACACUUGUUGAAAUAUUGUGUGAAGAAUAGUGUUGUUCCACAAGCCUUUGCCAACACACAGGUCUUUUAGAUUUGUGUUAUUGCCUUUUUCUUUAUUUGGCGUCAUAAUUUUUUAUCCCACUUUCCUUCAAAGCAUGUUUCGUAUGUUACAUAUGGUUAUUUUAUUUUGUCUGUUCUCCAUCCUUCUAUGUCUAGUUGUGUAAUCCUAAAUGCCAGUAUUCAUUCAUUCAAAACAUUGAAGCAUACAGAACAGCAGAUUAUUUUUUCUGUGCCUGGCUAGCUGUGAUCAGCAGGAAAAGUGCUAGACCACAGCAUAUUGUACCACAGCUUUUUACAGGGAGCACAGCGAAACAGAAUUUUUUGAGAUAGUCUCCUGAAGACCAGACUGCUGUUUCACAUCUGAGAAAGGGGUACAGCUGCUAUUCUUUUGAGUGAAGAUGAUACCCAGAAAUGCUACAAUAACUCUAUUGUCAUGUAAACUGAUCUUGUAGUAAGUACAAGAGAAAGUGUCCUUGGAUAAAGGCAUUUGCCAAGAAAAUGUGAAUCUUUUGAUGAUGUGUGGAAUUGCAUGGCCUUUUUUUAUUUUGUGUCCAUGCACAGCUCUCCACAUGAAUAUGCAGAUGGAAGCCAUGGCUUGUUUGAUAAUAUCCAGGCCUUCCUGGUGCCAUUAUAAUAGUCUGAAAAUGUUAUAAUUAUAUAAGAAUGUAAAAGAAUGAAUGCUUUACUUAAGAGUCUGGUGUUUGUAAAGGCCAGUCCACAUGAGACACCGAAACACACCAGCCAACUUGUUUAGUCAGUAGUUAAUUAUUUUUGUGAAUGGAAUUUUACCUUAAUAUGGGAGUACUGUUAUAGGUUACAUUGACAAUAGGCUAGGUUCUGAUUCACCAGAGAAGAUAAUAUUUACAUUUUUUUAAUAUUAAAAAAAAUCAUUUUAAUAUUUUAAAAAAGCGCUUGACUGUUAAAUAUAAAGUUGGCUAUACCUACAGUAGACAGUUAUCAGUGAGUGUUUUGUUGGCAAUUGUGCUUGCCACCAUGGUAUUCUAUGGUUUAUUCCUAUUAAAAAUCUGUGUCUGCAUACCCCUCAACAAUACAGCAAUUUGCCUUAUGACUUGCAAUCAGUCAUCUGUGAAACACUGACAUGACAAAACACCAACUGUGAAACAUCACAACGGGUGAUUGUCCUUGCCAUUGUUAGUGUUCUAUCUCUUGUACAAUUAAAAUUGAGUUUUAUAGUUGCUGGAACAAAGUUGGUUUUUUGUAUCAGUGAAACUUUCAAUAUGAAUAUAAUAUGAACAAUAAAGACAUGAAAUUAA